UCCCAUUCAUAAAAAGCCAUUUCCCUCAUGUAGUUUCAACAUCGUAUGGAGAAGACUGUGUCCUUACUAGAGUGCACAUCGCACGGAUAGUCGUUCGGAUUUUUUCCUCCGUGGUUUCAUUUGGAUCUAUCUUUUUUUACCGUUUGAUACUGGAAUAUACGCAGUGCCGUGUUCGUCUAAGAAGGAAAUGAUCUGUUUUCUACAGCAAGAGUGCUAAAUGCUGACCUGAGCUCUGGUAUAUGAGGAACACAACCUACAGAUGGAGUCAAGGGUUCCUCACCACAUUCCUGGAGUCUCCUCCUCCAUCAUGGUGCAGCCAUUGCUGGAUAGCCGCGUCCCCUACGGACGACUCCAGCACCCAUUAACUAUCUAUCCCAUUGCCCAAAUGAAAUCUUUGCAUUUGGAGAAUGACUACAUUGACACCCCUGCGGUGAUCUCGCAACAGCCACCGAGCCACAAGGCCACCACGAGGGGGCAGGAAGUCCUGCUGGGAGCCCCACACCAUCCUCAUCUGUCCCGCUGUGAAGUCCCAGAUGCCACUACACACCCCUGGAUUUCUUUUAGCGGUCGGCCCAGCUCCAUCAGCAGCAGCAGCAGCACCUCCUCUGACCAACGGCUGCUGGACCAUGCAGCUCCUACCCCUGUUGUGGAUCCGUAUACUGCCAGCAGAAGUCUAGGUGUGGAGCAACCCAAGGUGCUGAGCUCUCAGACCCAGAACAUGAAGGUGGUGGCGGCCUUGCCUGCGGAGAAGAAGCACGUGCUGUUGUGCGAGAAGUGCGGCAAAUGCCGUUGCACGGAGUGCACGUUGCCCCGGGCCUUGCCCUCUUGUUGGGUUUGCAACCAGGAGUGCCUGUGCUCAGCGAAGAAUCUAGUGGACUCCGUCACUUGCAUGUGUCUGGUCAAGGCUGUUUUCUACCACUGUACUGAGGAUGAGGACGAGGAGGGGUCCUGUGCUGACAAACCGUGCUCCUGCUCACACUCGAACUGUUGCGCCCGCUGGUCGUUCAUGACAGCCGUCUCAUUGGUGCUGCCCUGCCUGAUGUGUUAUUUGCCCGCCACCGGUUGCGCCAAGCUCUCGCAGAAGUGUUACGACGGUCUCAGGCGCCCGGGGUGCCGCUGCAAAAGCAGCCAGGGCUGCAAGGUGGCGGAGGUCAAGGCCUGUCCAGUGGAAAAACAGGCAUCCUGAUGGCAUGUCAGAAAUGGAGAGUACAGCAGAGACUUUGAGCAAGGUUUGCAGGACCCUCUCCAAUCCCAAAAUCUUGGUACUUAUGGUUCACGCAUGGUCCUCACGCAUAAAGUAUUCUGCCAUGGCGAGGUUUGACUGAACAAGGGGCACGAAUCUUUACUUGCUUAUAAAGGAGAGGCCUGCAAUUUCUUCUCCCGGGGUUCUCAAGAUGGCCAUAGGAUCAAAGCGUUCUGCCAUUUCAGCCCCAACUAAAACAACUCAAACACAGAAUGACGCAUCUGAGCAAAAUGUCUGUUCGAAAGAGUCCGAUCUCUUUUCUGACGUUUAUUUUCUCUUUGGGUGUCUCUAAAAAGUCAAAGUAAAUAUCACCCAUUCAAGAACACUCUAUAUUUUGGCAAACCCUCUCCGGAUCUGGCGCUGAGAAGAGGUUGCAGUGAAUUCCAAGCUGAUAACACAUGUCACAAUCAAACUAACCAGACUUCAUCUCUGUGCACAGUCCAUUACAAGCUUGUUAUAGAGCUUUAUUUUCUCUCUUGCGUGACAAAACAAAGGUUGUAUCGGCGAAGGAUGUCUUCUAUCUUCAGCGGGACACGUUGUUUGGGGUUUUUGAUGGUGAGUAGGCGGAACCAGGCCCUUUGAAUAACGACACGCCAUAACACACAUGAACUUCCAUCAUGAAUCUUCCAAAUGUUAGUGGUUCAAUUUGAUGUAGAAAAUGACCUCAGGGAUCAUCAGUUCAUCGGAAUUGCGUACAACAUGUGAACUCAGCUUGGAACUAAGUUUUCAAAAAAGGAAAGAAGUGACAGGCAAUGGCAUUUGGUUGAAAGACGUGAAAACACAGCAAUUCAGACACCCAGCAUUCAUAAGCUAUGAGGAGAACUGGGCGAAUAGUCGUGGGAAAAGGAAAAACGAUACAAACAAAAAACAUGCCAAUUGUAUCACCAUUAUAAUGAGGCAAAAGCACAGUAUUAUGUACAGUAGCAUGUACAAAGUGUUUCACUGUAGUUGCAAAAAUUCCUCUAGUUUAAUAUGCCACCAAAUGUAACGCGCCCUAGUAUGCGAUUGCUUUCUCCACAUAUAUUUUUGUUAUAUGUAUAGUUUAGAGAUCUUGCCAAAGGAGUGCACCAUAGAGAUUUAGUUGACCAUUAUCAUAAUAGUUUGUUUUCAAGUGGGCAUGCGUUGUUGUACUCUAGUCAAUUUGUGCGACAGUAAGCUCUUAAAGGUACGGUGCUCUGCUUCCUGGGACUCCUUGAGUCUUGGAACAUGAGGGAAUAUUGUCUGCCUGCUCAACACAAACCCACGGUUCGCGCAUUUAUACCGAACUAACGCCUCGCUCACGUAGUCCCAUGUACUCAAACGUUCGUACGUGUUGCACAAAUCCGAGAAGCAGAAAUACACUACUGUUCUUAGUCUUGACUGUAUAAGGCUAGGGUUUAAGUCUUUGCAAUCUAACCCGUGGAUAGGUGCCAGAGUAAUUGCGGACGGGGAGGGGGGAUCGCAUAGCUGCAUAUAGGGAAGAGUUGCAAAUAGAUAUCUUAGAUUUCGACCUAUGCAGGUUCUUGUAAAUAGUCUGGAGAAACUAGCUAUCUUAAAAUUUUAUGUUUCAAAUGUCUUGAGGAAUUGCAUGGUACAAUUUAAUUACAAUUCAGUACAAAAGUAUAUAAAUUAAUUAUUCUAUUUUUGGGAGGGCUGGGUGCGGGUGGGGUACGUGGAUGUGCCGUAGAAGGUAAGGAGUCUAGGUAUUUCAAUUACAAGCACUUGAUUUAGAAAAGUGUGCCAGGCAAUAAAAAUACCUCUGUUAAUGCUAGCCACGCCUCGCUAGCAUGAGAGAGACAAGGCCAAUUUCUUGUCGCCCCUGAAAAUGUAGAUUGAAACGAAUUUGCUGAACGAUUGCCAUUUUAUCACGCUAACACAGUAACACCUUUUCACCCAAAUGUGGCCAAGCAUUUUUUUUGUGUGAGUGAGUCUGUGCAUGUUAUUUCCUCCUAAAAUGGUGUGACAUCUUCCGUGAUUGACACGUACAGCUGCUGUGUGAACCUGUUUGGUAGGAACAAGGAAUCCCUCUCAAGUAACAUUCCAUUCCAUCUUAUUUGGUGUUUGCUUUUUUGCUCUGCCUUCUCUUAUAUCAUUCAUCACCCACAAUCUACAAACUUUAUGGUCGUUUGCGUAAUAAUCUGGUCAGCACAGAACUGAAAGAUCUUCCUUCUCACAAUUGUUGACUAAAGCUAUCUGUUGGCCACUAGAAACACCCAUCAGUUUUAAUCGCCUUCCAAACUGGGCUUGUGCUCUCUGAGUUUCUUUGGCUUCAUUUUUAAUGUUGAGGAUAAGAGCAAUGUGCUUUUGUUUUGUUUAAAAAAGCAGAAAGAGAAAAAAAUCUCUCACAUAUGAAAAUGUCCCUUUAUAGAUAUAUUUAUUUUGAAGUUCUAUUUUAUAUAGUAUUUAUUUAGAUGCCUACUUUUGUUUGUGAAUAAAAGCUUAUGUCAAAACGGAAUGUACAUUGAAAUC